CUCAUUGUUCAUAUUUAUUUAUCUUUUAUAUAUAUACAGCAAAAAUAAAUUAUAUUUUAGCAUAUCUACGCGAAUUUGUAGAAGAGCACGAAUCGAACUUUGAUGAUUCCGACAUCCGGGACUUUAUUGAUGCUUUCCUGAAUGAAAUGAAGAAACGAGAAAAAGAUGAUGAUGUUUUUAAUAAAAUCCAGCUGGUCAGAUUCGUACGUGAUCUAUUCAAUGCGGGAUCAGUUACAACAAGCAGCACAUUGGCGUGGGCUUUCCUCGCUUUGGUCUGUUACCCAGAAUGCCAAGAAAGAAUUGUAGGAGAAGUUUUGACAACCUUUGGUGAAGAUGGAGUGCCGUCAAUGAAACAUCGAGAUGAAAUGCCCUACACUUGUGCCUUCAUACAAGAACUGAUGAGACAUAGAACUUUGAUUCCACUAAGUGCCUUUCAUAAAACGAACGAAGAUGCGACAGUGAAUGGAUACAAUAUUCCAAUAAAUACGACGAUCGUUCCGAACAUCUGGGCAGUUCAUUACGACCCCAAAUAUUUCAAAAAUCCGAGAGAAUUUCUACCUGAUAGAUUUCUCGGCCGUGACGGAAAAUUCAUCAGUUCUAAUCACGUGAUUCCAUUUUCGAUCGGUCCUCGACAUUGUCUGGGAGAACAACUUGCAAGAAUGAAGGUUUUUGUAUUUCUAACGGGAAUAUUACAAAAGUUAAAACUGUUUCCACACCCUGGAAAGCCCCUUCCUUCUUUCAAUGACGGCGUGUUCCGCAUGGUCACAUACGGGCCACCCCAGUUUGACGUCGUUUUCGAACGACGAUAACAUUUUUUUAAAUAAAAAAAAACAGCUUUUUAUAAUUGGGAGCAAAAGGAUAAAAAUGAUUAAAAUUAUUACAAUGUUUCUCUGUACUUGACAGAUAGGCACAUAGACAUGUUUUGUUCAAAGAACUGUAGGCGAUGCCACUUCACAAAAAAUGAAUUUACGUAACCUAAUAAACAUUUAUAAAGGCUAAAAUAUUGUAAUGACUGUGUAUUUGUAACGCUAACAAAUGAAUUAAAUCGUUUGGCAAUUACGACAACUUAUCCAAAUGAAUUUUCCAAGAUAUUUAUGAAUUACCUUUCGCGUAACAAUAUAUAAAUUCCUUGGUCGAUAAACUUUGUUUUUGGUUUGCAUCGCUAUGAAGUA